AUGAAGGACUCGCUAACCAAAAUGAAGUUGGCGGCGCACUUCCUGCUCGUCGUGCUCUGUUUUGGGACUACUGAGGCGACGCAAAAAAUUUGCGGUAACAAGCUGACUGCCUGGAUCAAGGAGCUCUGCGGCCGCACCGGCCAGCAGGACAAAGGUGCCGUGGUCCGGCUAUGUUGCGGUGAGGGUUGCGACAGGGAGCACGUCAUCUCGUCGCUAUGCCCGGAGAUGGGAAAG